AUGGAAACCCAAGCCCAGCCAACGACACCAGAAGGAGAUGACACAGGCCAGCCGCCUGUUCCACAGAAGAAGCAGGCCAGAGCGCGAGGCAAGGCGCAACCAGAACGACCUAAGAGGAGUCUUUUCUGUCUGACCCUCAAUAAUCCUUUGAGGAAACUCUGCUAUGACAUCGUGGAGUGGAAACCGUUUGAAUAUAUGAUUUUGACUACAAUUUUCGCCAAUUGCAUUGCGUUGGCCGUAUUCACACCAUACCCAGCCAGUGACACGAACAAUACAAAUCAAAUUUUAGAAAAAGUAGAAUGGGUUUUCAUGGCGAUUUUUACCGGAGAGUGUGUGAUGAAGAUCAUAGCGUAUGGCUUUUUGAUGCAUCCUGGAGCUUAUCUGAGAAACGCCUGGAACAGUUUGGACUUUACCAUUGUUACUAUAGGCAUAGUGAGUCAGCUCUUACAAGUAAUAUCAAAGGAUUUGUUUGACGUAAAAGCCUUAAGAGCUUUCAGAGUUCUACGACCGCUACGAUUAGUGUCGGGAGUACCAAGUCUCCAAAUAGUUUUAAAUUCAAUAUUGAAGGCGAUGGUACCACUGUUCCAUAUCGCUUUUCUCGUUCUCUUUGUGAUCAUUAUCUAUGCUAUUAUUGGUUUGGAGCUGUUUUCCGGGGUUCUACAUGAUACCUGCUUUGAUAAUGAAACUAAAAAAAUGGUAGAUGAACCAUCUCCUUGUUCCCGGGAAGCUGAUGUUGGCAACCACUGUGAUGAGGGCCAGAUAUGCAAGGACUAUUGGGUGGGGAUUAAUUUUGGUAUCACCAAUUUUGACAAUAUUGGAUAUGCGAUGCUCACUGUAUUCCAAUGUAUCACGCUUGAGGGAUGGACGGAUAUUAUGUACGCGAUAGCUGACGUGAAAGGCAACACCUGGGUGUGGAUCUAUUUCGUUACUUUGGUUAUUUUUGGAAAUUUCUUCGUUAUGAACUUGAUUCUCGGAGUUUUAUCCGGAGAGUUCUCAAAAGAAAGAGAAAAAGCAAAGAAUAGAGGAGAUUUUCAGAAGUCAAGAGAACGACAGCAGUUUGAAGAAGAUUUGAAAGGAUAUCUCAAUUGGAUAACAGUUGCUGAAGAGCUGGAUCUCGAAAAUGAUCAAGGGCAGAAGGAACAAGACCAGGAAAAUCAAGGUAAUAAAAAUGAGAGAAUAAAUAAUGAAGACUCGCAAACAAAUAUAAAUGGAAAUGGCGAAACUCAGAAAACUACAACAUGCAAAAUCUACUGUAAGAGAUUUGACAAAGUUAAUCGUCGUAUGCGCAGGUCGUGUCGUAAAGCUGUCAAGUCGCAAACGUUUUAUUGGGCUAUUAUUGUACUUGUAUUUCUGAAUACACUUGUACUAGCUACAGAACAUUAUAAUCAAGACCCAUGGUUGGAUGACUUCCAAAACUACGCCAACUAUUUGUUCGUCGUGCUGUUUACUAUGGAGAUGCUUGUAAAGAUGUAUGCUUUGGGAUUCCAGGGUUACUUUGUAUCUCUAUUCAACCGCUUCGACUGCUUCGUCAUGGUCUGCUCCAUCCUGGAGCUGGGUCUCACAAUUUCUGGAACCAUUCCUCAAUUGGGUAUAUCUGUGCUUCGAUGUGUCAGGCUUCUGAGGGUAUUCAAAGUUACUAAAUAUUGGCGAUCGCUAUCUAACCUCGUGGCCUCACUUCUGAACUCCAUUCAAUCUAUCUUCUCCCUUCUUCUUCUAUUGUUUCUGUUCAUAAUGAUCUUUGCGUUACUGGGUAUGCAAGUAUUCGGAGGAAGAUUUGACUACGAUCCAGAGGAACAGAAAGAGAGGCAUAACUUUGAUUCUUUUUGGCAGGCUGUGUUAACAAUGUUUCAGAUAUUAACAGGAGAAGACUGGAAUGUGGUGAUGUAUCAUGGUAUAAACGCAUAUGGUGGUGUUGGUACACCUGGUAUGCUUGCUUCGAUCUACUUCAUUAUUAUUUUCAUUUGUGGUAACUAUAUACUAUUAAACGUGUUCUUGGCUAUCGCUGUUGAUAAUUUAGGAGACGCGGAAGAGAUGGACCAGGAAGUAGAAAUUGUGAAAGAGAAAGAUGAUGGUGAUAAUACCGAAGCUGGAAAUCCUCAAAUAGAUGAAGAGAGAGGUGAAACAGAUGAUGAAUAUGUCAAUGAAGAGGAAGGAUAUUCUAGUGAGGGAUCUGAAAAUGAGUAUGAGGAAACCGGGUCCGAAGAAGACAUAGAACAAGAAAUUGAAGAACAGACUGACAAUGCUAAUGACGCACUAGUAACGGUAGAGAAGAAACAAAACGGGGAUGUUAAGAAACAAGAAUCACCACCGCCUCCAAAGCGACAACCAACAAUAUCGGCCAGACCUAGGAGGCUGUCAGAAGUCGAAAUUAAAUCUCAGGAGAGACCAAUACCAGAAGCCAGCAGCUUUUUUAUAUUCUCGAAAAACAAUUGGUUCCGAGUUACCUGUUAUAAUGUACAAAACAAUUCUUGGUUUAAGAAUUUGAUUCUGGUUUGUAUUCUUGCCUCUUCUCUUAUGUUGGCUAUGGAAGAUCCCGUUGAAGGAAAGGCUACCGAGGGCAAACGAGAGAUUCUUCGUAGAGUCGACUACUUCUUCACCACAGUGUUCACCAUUGAACUGUUACUAAAACUCAUCACCUACGGUUUCAUUCUACAUAAGGACGCAUUCUGUCGUUCUGCUUUUAACCUGCUUGACUUGUUGGUCGUCAUCGUUUCCCUUGUAUCUCUAUCUGGAUCAAAUAAUGUUUCGUUCAUCAAAAUAUUGCGGGUAUUCCGAGUAUUGAGGCCUCUUAGAGCUAUCAAUAGGGCUAAAGGAUUGAAGCACGUUGUGCAAUGCGUGAUCGUUGCUAUAAAAACAAUUGGCAACAUUUUGUUGGUGACAAAUCUCCUGCAAUUCAUGUUCGCAGUAAUGGGAGUGCAAAUGUUCAAGUAUGUGGUGAAGUGUGUGUUUGCUUCAAUAAAAUCGAUCGGGAACAUCCUGGUUAUAAACCAUAUGUUGCAAUUUAUGUUCGCUGUCGUUGGCAUUCAAUUGUUUAAGGGUAAAUUCUAUAGCUGCACAGAUAUAACCAAAGUGACAUCUGAAGAAUGCCAUGGUGCAUACCUAGUAUACAAAAAUGGUAAGCCAACAAUAGAAGACCGUAUAUGGCAGAAGAAUAAAUUUAAUUUCGACAAUGUCUUCAAAGGAAUGCUAACAUUAUUCACCGUAUCCACAUUCGAGGGAUGGCCUGGACUAUUAUCAACAUCAAUGGACUCAAAUGAGGAAAAUCAUGGGCCUAUAGAGAACUCUCGGCCCCUUGUAGCAUUCUUUUACAUAAGUUAUAUUAUUGUGAUAGCAUUUUUUAUGGUUAACAUAUUCGUAGGUUUUGUCAUAGUUACAUUCCAAAAAGAAGGAGAGCAAGAGUUCAAAGAUUGUGAAUUAGAUAAAAAUCAAAGGAAUUGCGUUGAGUUCGCACUAAAAGCCAAACCAAUAAGAAGGUAUAUUCCAAAACAUCGAAUCCAAUAUAAGACAUGGUGGUUUGUGACUUCACAGCGGUUUGAGUACGUCAUAUUUUUCUUUAUCGUCCUCAAUACUGUGGCGCUCAUGAUGAAGUAUCAUGAUGCACAACCCUUAUAUAAGAAGAUAUUGGACUAUUUAAAUAUGCUUUUAACAACAGUUUUUAUGUUGGAAUUUGUUUUUAAAUUGGCAGCAUUUAGAUUUAAGAAUUACUUCGGCGAUGCAUGGAAUACAACGGAUUUUAUAUUAGUAGUGGGCAGUAUAAUAGAUAUCGUAGUUACUCAAGUGAAUGAAAAUAAACUGCCAUCCGAACUCAUUGCACCCCUUGGAGCAAAUAAAGAGGGUUCAACAACUCUUCUAAAAUACAUCACAUUUUUCCGUCUAUUUCGAGCGAUGCGUUUGAUAAAAUUGCUAUCAAGAGGAGAACGAAUACGAACUCUACUUUGGACAUUUAUAAAGUCAUUUCAGGCUCUACCAUAUGUAGCCUUGCUGAUUGUUCUACUAUUUUUCAUCUAUGCCGUUGUUGGAAUGCAGUUGUUUGGUAAAAUAGCCUUAGACGAUGAGGUACUAACCAGAAAUAACAACUUCCAAACGUUUGGCAGCGCUUUGAUGGUGUUAUUUAGAUCAGCUACGGGUGAAGCUUGGCAGGAUAUAAUGAUGGCGUUGUCCCCCAAUGAUGACGAGCAUCCCGGUAUCCCCGUAGGCUGUUACCACGCUGAUGGUGAUAACUCCACUCUGGUAGAACUCGGCUGUGGAACAAAUUUAGCUUUCCCCUACUUUAUUUCGUUUUCUCUUCUGUGUACAUUUUUGAUUAUCAAUUUAUUCGUCGCCGUUAUUAUGGAUAAUUUCGAUUACCUCACACGAGAUUGGUCUAUCUUAGGACCUCACCAUCUUGACGAGUUUGUUAGGUUAUGGAGUGAGUACGAUCCAGAUGCUAAAGGUAGAAUAAAACAUUUGGAUGUCGUCACGUUACUGAGGAAAAUCAGUCCGCCUCUAGGUUUUGGCAAGCUUUGUCCCCAUAGAACAGCCUGCAAGCGACUCGUAUCAAUGAACAUGCCCCUCAACUCUGAUGGCACUGUCAACUUCAAUGCCACGCUUUUCGCUGUUGUGAGAACACAACUGCAGAUAAAAACUUCAGGAGUUAUUGACCAGUGCAACACGGAGUUGCGGGCAAUAAUAAAAAAGAUAUGGAAACGAACAUCACCAAAACUGUUGGACCAGGUAGUGCCCCCGCCAGGAGACCCGAACGAGAUAACGGUUGGCAAAUUCUACGCAACCUUCCUCAUACAGGAUUACUUCAGACGAUUCAGGAAACGAAAGGAGCAGGAAGCAGUCAAAAACAAUCAGACAACUCUUCAAGCUGGUUUACGGAAAAUGCAUGAAGCUGGACCCGAACUGAAGCGGGCUAUUUCUGGCAAUCUUGAUGACGUUGUUGGGGAAGUCGUUGAACCUAUGCAUAGAAGAAAUCACACACUAUUCGGUGCUGUUUGGACAAGUAUUAAGAAGGGCCGUGGAAGUUUUUAUGGACCUCGAAAACCGUCUAAAGCUAUGGUCAAAUCUAAAUCAAUGAAUGGUGACAAAAACAUAUCCUUGGGUUUCAUGAUGCAAAGGGAGUUAGGAAUGGACGGGAAAAUUCCGGAAGAGGAAAAUAAAUAUAAUGAUGAUCAAAGUGAAAGCGAUGAGGAGAUCGCGAUGCAACCUCUUUUACACGGAAAGGAUUCGGAGAGGAUUUUCAGAGUUAUCGAAAAAACAUCGAAUGAUUUAAUGACAAGUAUGAGAUACAAUCGUGACAAUAUGCGACAGAUAAACAAGGUGCCUUAUUGUGUAGAGAAACCAGCGGAGAGUCUGAUUGCUCGGGUGCUAACGGAUCAAGGAUUGGGCAAAUAUUGUGACGCCGACUUUCUACAGAGCACUUCCCGCGAAAUGCAGGAGGCGCUCGACCUCACACAAGAGGAGAUGGACACCGCUGCAAAUCAGCUUAUUUUGAAAGAGCGCUUGAUGGCUCAAACUUCUGAGAACACUGUGGAAAACUUGUUAUCUCGUCAGUACCAUCCCUUCCACCAGCCCCCGAUGCAGCCUCCGCGCAAGAAAUAA